AUGUCGACCUCCGACGCCCGUCAGCGUCGCUCGCGCCUCAUUGCAGAGAUGUCGCGCAACAUCAAGCUCAAUGAUCUCUCCAUCACAUCCUCCAUCGCCUCCAAGCGUAAUGAUCGGUCUUUCGCGUCCUCUACUGGUUCGAAACACGGUACGAUCAGCAGUUCUUCCACCGGCUCUAGACAUGGCACUGUCAGCGCCGAUUCUACCAGAAGCACUGAUUUCGAUCCUGAAAGAGACGAGGCUCUCGUUUCUACUCAGCGCAUGGACUUCGAUGUCUCGCAAAAGCUGCCUCAAAUUCGUGAUACCGCUAGAAAGUACGGUCGAUGGGCGCCAAGAAGGGCCGAGGACUUCAAGAUCAACACGUCAGCGAUCGGUCGAGCCUUCCCUGACUUCACUCAAGGAGAUACAGAUAUGAGUCUUUCCAUUGAGCAACCACGACCACACCACACCACCAAACAGUCCCUGGAUGAUUCUCCAUUGGCUUCAAUCAACAAUGGCACGCGUCUCAGAGGUUCGCCCCGAAAGCCUCGACCUCAAUCCCCAAUUUUGGAGGCUCUCGGGCGCAAGGAGAACAAGGAGGUCGCCGCUUCAAAGCCCACGACGCAGACUGUGAUCCGAAAGGAGAACAAGGAAGCCGCCGCCUCAAAAUUUGUCUCAGAUGCUAUCAGCCGCAAGGAAGACAAAGAAAAUAUUGCCCCAAAACACUCAUAUCGGGAUCCUUACGACAGUGUUGACAACGACACGUUCUCCACACUUCCAAAACCAAGUCCAUUGAAGUAUCAGGCCCAAGUCGACGAUGAGGUCACGGGUUCUUCCUUCGGCGAAGGACCUUCAGUCACGAAGCCAAAUACUUCACAACCACUAUCCGCAAAACUUCCACCACUCAUUCCAUCAGCAUCCCAGACGAAGGCAUCCGCUGCGCGCACAGGUCAGUCGUUCGUCAUACCAUCGAUGCCUACCGAGGAAGUUGCCACUACAACAAUCACAAAGCCAAUUAUACAGAACGGCAAAGUUGUUACCCAUCGCAGCCGACAACGCCCAGUCAACCACUUCGAGGGUGAACGCCAGGAGGAAAACAUCUACCAAAUGAUUGAUCUUCUGAAGGAGAAGGUGGCAGAUCUCGAGAAGAUCAAUCAGUCAACACAACAAACUAUUGCACAUCUCCAGAGAGAUAACGAUCAGUUGGCAACGGAGAAGAGAGAGGUCGAGGCUCGCAAUGCUCAAUUGAUCUCCGAGAAGAAGGAAGCGGAGGCUCGCACAGCUCAAUUGAUCUCCGACAAGAAGGAGGCUGAGGCUCGCAACAAAGAGACGCAGAUUGCAAUCAGAGAUUUGCAACAGAAAGUCGCAGAUUUUGAUCUUGUGAAAGGGAUCAGAUCACAAGGGGAGCGUAUUAUCGCCGGUUUGCAACAGAAGGUCGCUGAACAUGAAAGGAUCAACACGCAGGCCCAGCGUAUCAUUAAGGAGAUUCAGGAGGAUAAUGAUCAAUUGAUACGAGAGAAUGAGCUGCUGCACUCGGCGAAAUCAGAGGCUCAGCAUACCAUCACAAGCCUCCGCAGUGAGGUUAGUCAGAGAGAUACUUUCUACACAGAGAAAGUCACCAAUUUAGAGAAGAUUGUGGAUGGACUGAAGGAGAAGGCGGCGCGUGAUCCAAGGAAGGUGUCUCAGAGGGACGGAUUGGAUGCGGAUGCCACAGUAAGGCCAGCUAUGCCUCCGAAGGAUGCUCUCAUGGAGAUCAUCGAAAGCUGUGAGGCGGACUUGUUACAUCUGAAGGGGAAGUGGUCGAAGGCCUCCCGGGUUUACGAGGCCCAUGAUCCUGCUCUUGGAAAGCGCAAGAGAGAAAGUACUAAGCUCGACUUGGACAACCUGGGAAAGGCGAUUGAGGAGAAGUCGAACCUGAUUUACCAAUUGUAUGAUGUUUUGGAAGGACUGGAUGACUAG